AUGGGCUUAAGAGAAUCUGACAAAUUUGGUACCUUAGCUAUCCACGCUGGUACUCACAUAGACAUUCAUGGCUCUGUUAUCGAGCCAAUUUCUUUAUCUACCACCUAUAAACAAUCUAGUCCGGCAGAACCCUUAGGUGCAUAUGAAUAUUCUAGAUCGUCUAACCCAAACAGAAAAAACUUUGAAGACGCUGUUGCUGCUCUAGAAAAGGGUAAAUAUGGUUUGGCAUUUUCUUCUGGUUCCGCCACUACUGCCAUUGUCGUGCAAUCUUUACCUCAAGGAUCACAUGCUGUUUCUAUUGGUGAUGUUUACGGUGGUACUCAUAGAUAUUUUACUCAAGUUGCCAACAACCAUGGUGUCGACACUGAUUUCACCAACAAUUUAAUCGAGGAUUUACCAAAGUUAAUUAAAGACAACACCAAAUUGGUUUGGCUUGAAUCUCCAACCAAUCCAACUUUAAAAGUUACUGAUAUCAAAUUAGUUAGCGAAAUAGUUAAGACCAUUAAUAAAGACAUUUUAGUGGUUGUGGAUAAUACUUUCUCAUCUCCUUACUUGUGUAACCCUUUAACUUUGGGUGCCGAUAUUGUUGUUCAUUCCGCAACUAAGUACAUCAACGGUCAUUCUGAUGUUGUUUUGGGUGUUUUGGCCACUAAUAAUGAAGCAAUUUACGAGAGAUUGCAAUUUUUACAAAAUGCAGUUGGUGCCAUCCCAUCUCCAUUUGACUCUUGGUUGGCCCACAGAGGUUUAAAGACAUUACAUUUGCGUGUAACACAAGCUGCUCUAAGUGCUACAAAAAUUGCUGAACUUUUGAGUGCCAGUGACAAAGUCAUCGCAGUUAACUAUCCAGGUUUACCAACUCAUCCAGAUUACGAAAUCGUCAAAAAACAGCAUCGUGAUGCCUUGGGUGGUGGUAUGAUCUCUUUCAGAAUCAAAGGGGGCGCAGAAGCUGCUGCCAAGUUUUCUUCCUCUACUAGAUUGUUUACUCUUGCCGAAUCUUUAGGUGGUAUUGAAUCCUUGUUGGAGGUUCCAGCUGUUAUGACUCAUGGUGGUAUUCCAAAAGAACACAGAGAAGCUUCAGGUGUUUACGACGACUUAAUCAGAUUGUCUGUUGGUAUUGAAGACGUUGAUGACUUAUUGCAAGACAUCAAAGAAGCUUUGGAAGCUGCCACUGCUAAGUAA